CGUCCGUUUGUGAAACCAAAUAUUUUUGACGAUAACAGGAAAGAUGAAGACCUCAACAUUCGCCGCAGCGUUCCUUUUCGGCUCCGUUCUCGCCUUACCAGCUCCCGUCCCAGACAACGAAGCCGACGACAAGCCCAAAUGCGUCAAGCCAAAAGAAGCAGAGAAAUUCGUUGAUCGCUACAUUGGCUUCCUCAGUCGCGCCGGUUCCGACCUUGGUGAUGCGCACGCAACAGGCGAAGCUCUCGCCGGCGACGAUAUCGAGCUGCACUCAUUUUCAAUCAAUUCGGCCAAAGGCACACCUGUCAAUGGGAACGGAGAUGGACUGAUCUCCAAGGGCAAAGAAGACUACAUCAAUAAUGUGUGGGGAACGCAUGCACUGCCGCCACAAGGCAUCCAUACCCUCUCAGCUCUCGCUGCUUGUGAUGACGGCAAUUCGAAAAUCAUCUGGCAAUGGCAAUUCGACAGCGUUGAAGGCAACACAGACAACCCAGCGCCCAUCAGAGGUUUCACUUUAUUCAGCGUGGUUCGAGACGACGGCCCAGCAGAAUUCAAGAUCGAGAAAGUCGAUGUCGAAUUCGAUAGCAUUGCUUGGGCUGCAGAUUUGAAAGGAAGUUCUGGUCAGCAGCCCGCGCCCCAGCACGGGUAUCAGUCAUGA